ACCUCGUCAGUCUUCAUAUGGAAUAGACAUUUUUGUGUUUCCUCUCGUUGAAGACUCCAACUAAUUUCUCUUCUUCAUAUCACUAGCUCAGAAUUGAACUUUUACAGGAUAAACUUCUACAGAGUUUGGAGAGCUUUUUUUAGGAAUACAGGAAGAAGAUUUGCAUUACAGCUGGAAUGAAAAGACUGUGCUUUACCAUGUAGGCCCUAUAGCAUUUUGUGUUUGCUUGGCAUAAAGGAGUGGAUGAAUAACUGUCAUUUUCUUUUGACGAUGACCUGAUUCCAUUGGAGAAGAUGUAUUACUGUGUGACAGUAAAAUCUCCAGAGGAAGGAGUCGUAAGGAAUAGGAUUUCCCACGAGAGUACUCCAUCCAAACCCAACCAGUCAGAGUUAGAUGAAAGUAAACGCAAGCUAGUACAAGAUAUUUCUCACCUUGAUGAGCUCUCAUCAGACGAGGAUGUCCCUGACAGCGAGUCCAUCGAGCCUUUGCUAGAAUCCGGAUACAGGACAGAAGCAAGUAUUGGACGUAGCCCUGUUCCUUCUAAGCAUCAGUUUUUUCCUCAACCGUACCUUAUCUCAACCUUUGUAGAUGCCUUGGCAUUAGAUGUCUUCCCUCAGCCAUUCCAUCCUAGUCCAGACAGAGCUACCUUCCUUUCCAGAUCAAGUGCCCUCCUGCCACUUUGUCCUCGAUGCGGAUAUCACCUCAACCCUUCUCCACACCAGGUCUUCUCUUCAACUGAAAUCCUCUACCCUAAGCUCUUUGGUGCCUUUGAUCCUAUAAGCCUUCUAUCAGGGGAUGCCACCAGCACGACCAAUCUCUCGGAGAAUCUGGACGAGUUGUUCAAGAAUGAAGCAGUGAGGCUACAGCUCCAGGAUUGUGGCACGCAAACUGAAGCGGUUGAAGAACAGGAAUCAUCAAGGUUUCAUGAUCAGAAGACUUCAUGCCAUGCCUGCAUCCAGACGGACAGAGAGGUUCGUAUUCGCAAGAUAGCAAGCACACAGACUGAAGAAGAUGCUGAUUGGUUGUUGACUGACAGGUCAAGGGUCACAAGAAGUGCUUCCUGUCAAGGACCAAGCACAUGCAGCCAAGCAGUGUCAGCUAGCGUCGUGCUGACAGAAGCUCAAUCGCAAACGGACAAUGUCCUAGAGAGGUGUGAUGAUGUUCAUAUAGACCAUGAGGUUGACAAGAACCUAGUGUGUGUGUCCCCCAAGGAGAAUGCAACCACACAAACAGACUGUCUUUCUAGAGAGGACUCGGUAGAAGCGACUACCAUUGCAACACAAACCUUGCCAAACCCUAAUCCUGCUACCUCAGAAUCUUCUUUCACUUUUGAUCUCACCAUUCCUGUGCCUUCCAACAUUCACCCGGCCCCCAUCAAGACAUCCUCGAGUUCUUCGUCCUCUGUAUCAUCCACCACCUAUCUGGCGCCCUCUACCUUGCCUCCACACCUUAUCUGUGAAGAUUGGGAUUCAGACUUCAGCUCAGAUUCACCCUUGUUUGUCAGCGCAAGGUCUUCACCUCUCAUCUUUGGCAAGCAAGAAGGAGAACCGACCAAACCUGUUGAGACACUAAGCUUCAAACCCAUCAUUGCAAGCAGAGAUAAGAUGGAAGAGACUGCCCCGGUAUGUCUGGAUGAGAAUUCUAAUAAAGACAUUGCAAGACUCCAACCAACUGGACACAAGGAGACUUUGUUAAACCCAGAGAAAUCAACCAUGAGACAGAGACGAUCAUUGGAACGAGAGAGGAAAUACUCAGGAGUUAUACAAGCAAGUAAUGGUGAGAUGGUAGACCUGACGACGGCAGACAUCGAUGUGUCGUCCAUCUCUCCAGCGGACCACGCCCUCAACGAGAAGCUCCUCUCCGAGUCCAGGAAGAUCUCAGAGAAGUUCGACAACAGGAGGGGGAGGCGGUUUUCACCGGCAAAGAAAGGAGAUGAUGUAGUAUCAGAUGAUACCAGCCCUGAUUCGUCUCCAGAGCCCCUCAAAGAUGAUAUGAGUCCUAGUCUAAUCACCCAGGAAGAAAGGGUAGGAGCUGAGGGUGACUCUGAUCCUGAGGAGGAGAAAGCAAAGAGCAGGAAAGAUUCCGAUGACUUUGACGUCAAGGCUGAUCUUAUGAAAGCUAUAGGACCCAUCAAAACAGAUUCAACUCCUAAAUCGGCUUUAUCUAGCUCCAAAUUAAGACAGGAAAAGAAAGCCAAGCGGCCCGUCUUCAAGCUCCACGCCCCGAUGCCGGAGCUUUCCGAGGAAGGCUCAGAGGACACCUGCCUCCUACCCAACGGCACCCUGGAAUCCCUUGAGACUGUCACCGAAUCCACAGACACGUGCAAGGUGGAGGUACCACUGGAAUGUUCCAUUAAAGAGGAAGGGGAGGUCAAGUGGGAAGGAGGAGAGGGGGAGCCGAAGCAGAGAAAGAGCUCCAUCCUGUCGGAGACGCUGCUCAAGGCUCUGGGCUUGAAGAAGGGGGAAGGAGAUAAAAAGGCGGUGCUAACGGAGCAGGAGGUGGAAGAUAAAUACAACUCAUUAACAUUUGCUUUCAAGACGGAUCGUCUAACCCUCGAACAGAGGUAUAAACUACAGCAACAUCAGAGGAACGUGAUUGAGAAGAACUUACAAGAUGAGUUACGGGACCAUGCUGGUGUCGUUCAGUCUUUGGAAAGGAGGUGUGCGGAGGAUGAGAUUGCCAGAACAGACAUCAAUAAACUAAAGCAACACAUCGAUGUGAUUCAGUAUGCCUUGGUCAAACUUGCCAGUAAAGCGGAGGGAUUCGGUGCAGUACAACAGGAGGAUAGAUUAAGCAGAGCUUCCGACGUCAUGGUAACCUACGUCGAGAACAUCAAGAGAAGCCUUGAGAAAGAAAGAUCCGAGCUCACAGAAGCAAAGAGAGUUCUACAUGAAAACAAAAUCUUACUCAGAGGAACUUCUCUUGCGAGUGAUGAUUCAGACUCAGGUGGUAGAUUACGAAGAUCAUCGACGUUAACCAGUCCAGCUAUGAAGAGGCCAUGCGGCGAUCAACAAUCCUUGCAUGGCAUCGUGCGUCAAAAACUCAUGCGAAAGACCCCUUCCAUCUCAGAUAUCAUCAACGAGUCCGAUGAGUCUAAGCGUAGAGCCAGUGUAGCAGCUGUUUUAGGAUUUGGAACCACUCCCGCUGGUGCAUCUUCCUUGGCAAAGAAUCACAAUCGUGCACAAAGCGUGCCCACGGCUGUCAGUCUUAAGACCAUUCCAUUUUUCCAGGGGGAUGGGCGUAACCGGUUCGCCUCAUUGGCCAAUGCUGCUCUGGUUGACAGGUCUUUGACUAGUCCAUUAGCUGGGAGGGGUAGUUUAGAAACAUGUAAGGAGGGUGAGAGUGAGAAACAGAAACAGGACAGUCCAAGAUUCUCAGAGGUCAACAAGAAGAAACUAAGUAUAUCCCUCUCUGGUGGCAGCCACAUUCCUGAGCUUCCACAACUCUCUCCCAUCAAGCCGAUGACCCCGCCGGCCUCGUCACCGACAAUGAAAUCACCUUUACUCUCCUCGACUCCGGUCGUGAUCAGCGAGGACGGAGACAGGAAGAACAACGGCGAGAGAACGAAAACGGAAGAGGAGAUUUACCAGCAGGGAUUUGAACAAGGUGUGCGGUCUCAGAUCUCUCAGGAGUUGGAUGAUCUUCGGGACCAGCAGAGGGCGCUGUGCGAGAAUCUUGAAGAGAUCAUGGAAGCAGCGGAUGACGAAGAGGAAGACGAAAACGAGAAGAACAGCGAGACCCAGCCUAUGCUGAAAUGGUUCCAGCAGUACUCCAAGACCAUCCCCUGGUCCAGGGCUAGCCGGAUAGGCCGCUUGGUCCUGACGGGAACACUCUUCAUCUUAGCCAUCAUCAGCAUUAUCGGGACCAUCCUACCUCUAGAGAGGUGCAGCGGGGGUGCAACGCUGCUCUCCGCUCCGUGGGAAGAGGUGGUCCGGGUUCUAGGGCCUUAUACAAAUAUAUACCACCCCAGGCCGCCGCCUAUAUGAAUUUAUUUCUUCAUCUUUAUCAAACAUGGUAUCAUUGUUCCAUCAAAUUCCUAUUCAAACAUGGAGUGUACUGUCAAAGGAUUGUUCUAACGUGGUGCUUUAAG